AGAUAAUUUAAAAGCAAUGACUACACAAGAUACACAAGUGUUACAACAAAAUUCUAAUGAAUUAUUGCAGGAGGAAAUUAGGAGAGCAAUAAGGGAAAGAUUAAACAAAUUUACUUUUCCCUGCCCUCAUUGUCGCGAACAUAUUAAAGACGAAGACUUUGGCAAAGAACAACAAGCCUUUCACUAUAUCAAUGAAAUAGUAAGAAAAGCCUUAGAAGAACAAAUUAUUCCCCAAUGA